GGAGAUAGAGCAGCAGCUCUCAAUGCAAGUUCACAAUCUCCGUGAUGAGUUCCGGGAGAAGAGCACCUCAACAAACCAACACGUAGCGCGCCUGGAGAGCUUACAGGCUGAGCAGAUUCUAGAAAUAAAGGCACUUACAGAGCGAAAACGUGAACUGGAGCGACGCAUCAGUGCAAUGAUUGAGGAGAAUGAACUAUUGCAGAGCACGAUUGAGGACCUUCAAGACCGAGUGAUGAUGGCAGAGCGACAGAGCCAUAACAAAGACUUACAGCUCCGACAGAACCAGCUCGAACUCCAUGAAGUACGAAUGUCUCACCGGCAGCUUCAAGUGAAAGUUGAUGAAAUGAACGAGGAGAUGAGUCUACAUAGUGUGAGCCCAACAAGUACAUCAUUACUGUCAGAAAUUGAGCAGAGCAUGGAAGCAGAGGAGCUGGAACAGGAGAGAGAACAGCUGAGAAUAGAGCUCUGGGAGGCAUACUGCCAAGUGCGAUCGCUUUGCUCACACCUGAGAGGAAAUGACAUCACAGACUCUGCACUUUCCACCGACUCCUCUAUGGAUGAAUCCUCUGACACCUCCUCUGCCAAAGAUAUCCCCACAGGGAGCCUCCACACAGCACUGCAUGAGCUCAAACGUCUGAUCCAAAACAUUCUUGAUGGCAAUGAGUCUACGGUGGUGCUGCUGAGAGGUGAAGUGAAUGCAAUUAAAGAGGAGAGAGACAAGCUGAAGGUGUCUUCUGAAGAAAAGGAACAAGACAAGCAGCUUCAGAAAGCUCUCAGCGACCGGGAUGAGGCCAUAGCAAAGAAGAAUGAUAUGGAAAUGGAAUUGGCCAAGUGUAAGAUUGACAUGAUGUCACUCAACAGCCAACUCCUUGACGCAAUCCAACAGAAACUCAACCUCUCACAGCAGCUGGAGGCCUGGCAGGAUGAUAUGCACAGGGUCAUUGACCAGCAGUUAAUGGACAAACAACAGAGAGAGUGUCGUCCGCCAGCUCAAUCCUACAGGAACAGCUGCAGCAUGAGGCACAAAGUCAUCUCCUCAGUGAAACUGGAACGAAACCGACAAGAGCUCGUUGGGGCAGAAGGGAAAAGUCCCUUCUCGUUUUUCAAGAAGAAUUAAUUUUCAUAGUAAUUGUUAAAAGGGACAAUUUUGGAGUUGGCAGGGCUUCAAAGAGAUUCUUUGUACAAAGAGUGUUCCAUUGAAUGGGAAGAAAAUUUAUGCUUCCUGGGCUCAGGCAAUAGUUCCAUUCACCCGCAAAAGGAUAGCAGGUUGGCAGAGUGGAGCAAACCGUGGGUGGUCGAACAAGUCAGGUAGCCUUGUUACUAGAGAUGUUCUCUGCUUUUACUGGUGCCCAAAUGGUCUUUGACAAAGGUUCUUGUACAUGGAGUUUUGCACGACCAUACUGUACAUAACGGGUUAAAUCAAAUUGUGUUGAUAAGUUAAAUUAUUCUCACAAAAAGAGAAAUGUAAAAGAAUGUAAAUGUGCAAGAAAUGAGUUAAAGAAUGUCUGAUUUGUGAAGGACUGAAUGUUUGUAUAGUAUUUUAUGAUGGACUGGUUGCCCUUAAAGAAUUGUAUGAGACAGCAAACCCAUAUGCAUCCAUAGCAAGAAAUGUACUGCACCCUCUGACCAUUGCACUUCAGAUGAUUCAUAUGGAAUAUUGCUGCAUGUGCAUGUAGGUGUGGACAGUUCACUGUGUGCCUGUGGAAUAUAGUGUUUGUGUGAGUCAUGCCUGUUCAGUAUAGUGUAAGAUAAUUCACUAUGCACAAGUUCAGUGUUGAAGUGAAUUUUGUGUUGGUGUAUAAAGUGCUCCAUAAUAACACCUUGACAGAAAACCAAUGGGAACCAGUUCAUUAUGCGAGUGCACAGUUGUCUGACUAUGAAGUGUUGGUCGGUACAAUCGCUGUACUGCAGCACAUCCCGCUAUGGUACGACAUAGGCUCAUGGUGGAUGUUUGUAUGUGAAAUAUGGCACGACUGCUGGGAACCUGAAAAGUACAAGAGACUAUGGAAUGUUUGACAGCAGCCGUAAAGAGAAAAGAUAGGUUCAUGUUUUGUGUGGAGAUGUAUAAUCAAUACAACAAAAGGAUUGUUGGCUGACACAUUCUGGCCAAUUGUGAGACUGUCAUUUGGGUGUUGUGUUAACUGGGUGCCCAUUUGGGGAAAUUGCAGGCGUGUGAUGUUGAAGAAGAGAAAAGUUAAUUAACUAAAAAAAUGACUGAACGUCCACAAUUUCCAAUGUAGCUGUCCUGUGGGCAUCCAAAUGCAGAAUCAUUGUUAAUCUGUCCUUUCUCUUUUCAGAUGCUGAUGGAAGCAUUGUGUACUUUUAGGAUCUUCUGUUUAAAUUUAACAUUCAGUGAAAGGUUGGAUACAAAGUCCCAUCCAGUAUAGUUGGGUUGUGUCUGCACUGUAUAAUGUGGAAUCAUGCAAGGUAGAAUGUAGAUUGAGAUAAAGUACUUUUUGCCUGAUCAACAUGGAACAGUGCACUGUAUGUAUAUAAUGUGUUGGACAGCACAAGACUAGUGUAGAUUUAUGCACAAAUAUACAAGUUGUGUGGUAUGGUUUGAAAUUGCAGACGGUACAAAUCUAUUAACAGAUUGAUACAAUGCAUGAUAAUGUUGAGUAAGCAGGUGUCCCUGGAUAACAGCAUAGGAUGGUGCAUUGUGUACUCUAUGGUCAGGGUCUCUAUCCCUAAGCAAUAUAGUGUAGGAGAUAGAUUGGGAUAACAGAUUAUAUGCCUGUUCAUCCACUGAGGACAUGCAUCAUGUGCUGGAAAGUAUGAGCUUGUUCUGCGUCUUUAGAGAGUAGAGUGGUGGAGAGUGACAGGGAGUGUUAUAAUCUAUUAUUAUAAUUAUAGUAGUGUUAUAACCUGGGAAAGUAUACAUGUGAAGAAUUGUGUGGAAUCAUGUGGUAUGUACGUACAUGGUGUGAAUAGUAUGCUUUUUGCUUGUGAAGUAAAUUGUGUGACAAUGCACCCUGUGCCUAUACACCCCAGAAUGAUAAACACACUGCAUUACUACUAGGGAACUGAGUAGUGUGUGGUUGCCUGUAGAGAGCUGUGUUACAAUGUGCUGUGAACAUAUAGAAUGUCAGUGCAUCAUUUCUGUGCCAUAUGUGAUGGGCACAGUAUCAAUCGUUCUGUUUCGUUUUUGGAGUGCACAGGCAAUUGUAAGUUAGUGACCUCUUUGAAUGUUCAUGCACAGCAGCACAUGUGUAGUACUUUACAGGGACCAUCCUGUGCAUGACCUGUGUGGGGAUUUUAGAAUCACUGCCCAGCCUUGCAGAUUUGAGGGUGAAUUGUCUGUGCAAUAUGGUGCUGGGUAAUGUAUAUCUGCCUGUAAUACACAGUAUUAAAUAUACUGUACACCUUGAACGGUAUUCUCUCAGACUGGUGUAUGAUAGUGCACCAUGAACAGUGUAUUGUUGCAUCUGUGCAUCAUCUACCUACACAGUAAAGGAUACUGCACUCUGUACCUGUGCAGUAGUGUACCACGUGCCUUUCCAGUUGUGUGUGUGUGUGUGUGUGUGUGUGUGUGUUUGUGCGCGUGUGCGUGCGCGCCUGUCUGAUAAUGCGCCAUGUGCAUGUAUAUCUAAAAAUAUAUCCUGCGCAUGUCCACUGUGGUGCGGGCUAGUGUAAUGUGUGCCUGAAGCCUAUAUAGUUCGCUAGUGCACCACGUAUGGUAUGUGAAGAAUUGUCAUGUGCUUUUAUGUUAUAAUGACACAAUCCACUGAAUGUCACCUCACUGUUGUCUGGAGUACUGUUACGUGUGCUUGUGAUAUUUACAAUGAGAUUGCGUGCUAUUUGCCACUGCAGUGUCUAUGGUGCAAUGGCACCACCUGCUGUAUAAGAUAGCAUGAGGAAUGGGGGUUUGUUAUACACUACAGAAUGGGAGAGUGUACUCGGUGCCUAUACAUGAUAGUGGGUUGUGAAUGCAGUGUGUGCCUGAAUGGUACGGUUGGGUGUGGGAUUAGGGUAAACCUGACCUGUACAGCAGCUUGCCAUGAGUCUCUACAGGCAUAGCAUGGUUCUUAGCUGGGAGUGGUGAAGCAGUAUAAUCUGGAUAUAUUUCUGGGUGCCUUUUAAUUGCAAUUGUAUAAGGCACAACAUAGAGUCUUAUGUAGUGUCCACAGGUGGACCAUGUGCUUAAUCAGUAAAAUGACAUGGAGUAGUCUACUGUUCCUCUUUAGUACUGUAUGCCUGUGCAAUAAGUUUUAGCUAUUAUUUAGAGGGAACAUGAGCAGACUAGUGAAAACAAAUGGUUAACACAGUGAAUUUGUGGUUGAACUGAUGGGAUGUAACACUUAUUCUGCACUCGCUAUAUGUCACUCUAGCUGUCGGGUUUAUUGCACCUACCCCAGCGAUUGUAACCUAAAUAUCAAAAAUGAAAGUGAGCCAUGCAGAGCAGGGAGGUUUCAGUUACAAUCUCUGCACAGUCCUAAACUAACAAACAUUGGUCAGGACAGCAGUCGGUGCUUGACCUUUACCUCCUCCCUGGACUGGGGCGUUAUCAGUUGAUUAUUGCUUUAGUCAGUAAUAUUGAAAUGCUGAAAUCUGUGAGUUUGUGGAUAAAUGCUGAGGGUAGGAUAAAGGCUCAGCUGUGAAGUCAUUCUGGUUUAGAUCACCUGUCUGAGCUUGUAGUGAUCAGCACCUUCAGGAGCAGGGGUGGGGGGAUGAGAAGACUAAAAGAUUAUAUUUCUGUGAAUAUUGAUGGUAAUACCAUUUUGACUGGACAUUUUAACACGGUUACCAUGCAAAACAGGUCAAAGUGCAACCCCAGUCUUACCAGUUGAAAUCUAAGCAAACACAAAAGUAAAAUACUGUGAAUGCUGGAUACCUGAAAUCAAAACAGAAAAUGCUGGAAAAUACUCCGUAGGUUUGGCAGGAUAUGUUGAGAGAGAAACAUUAACUCUCUUUCUUUCUCCCUAAGCCAAACAAUCUGCACAGAACCAGGCUGACAAGUAUAUAUUGUCCCACUAUAUUUUUACUCUAAGUUCACUUAUUCCGUUGUAUGGUGUUUAAACUUUUCACUUCCUUGCUAUAUGCUCUUUUUUUCAAUGAGAAUUAGUGUCUCAGCAGUUACCAAAAUGCAAAAGGCAGACUGCCAGUAUCUACCUUGAUUGUGCAAUAAUAAAAUGUAUUUUAAGUUGUAUUGAUUGUAAAAUUGCCACCGAUCCACUGUUACGUUCAGUAUAUGUUAGACUCUUUCCAGUUAUGGCUGGGACCUGCUCAGCUCUGUCAGAAUUGCCUAAAUACACAUCUCUCAGAAGAUCUAGAUCCUUCUGACAGUCAUGAGGUCAAACUGUUCAGAAUUGAGGUUCAUAAAUUGUAAAUCCACUUUCUGAGAUUCACUCUUGUGUUUUACAAUGUCAUCUGAGCUCCUUUUUUUUAGGUCACUGCCUUAAAAUAUUAACCCUUUUUGGCACAGGGUUUGACAUUUUUAAGAUUUGGACCUUUGCUGCACUCAAUAUAUGUAUUGACUGUGAUAUUCAGGGGCAGGGGAUUUAGUGACAUGACCAUUUCACCUAAGCCAUUUGAGAGGACCCCAGACUUGCUUCCAUUCUACCUUUAACCUCACAAGCAACCAUAAAGAACUCCCAGCACUGCUUAAAGGAACCAUGUUCUGUCACCAGGAUUCCUACUUGGGCCAGACAACGUGCAAACUGCUCACAUCUGGACUAAAAUGAACAAUGGUGCAUCCACCCAACAGUUCCGUUACCCAGUAUUCUAAUCCUACAACACACUUUUAUAAAGCCUUAUUGACAAAAGGAGUGAAUAGUGCCAACCCAACCCAGUUAAAGGGAAUUAAUACAGAAACAGCUGGUGUCAGUGCUCCAGGAGCCAGUUAACUGCCCAGUUUCUGUGUUUGCAAUCUCUAUUUUAUGAUAUAUUAGUCAGGGCUGUGAACAGCUCAUGUAUUGAUUAAAUUCCCACCAGAGUGGGGAGCUAAAGAACACCUCACUGCUGAGAAGCAAUGGAUGUCACAGAGUGGCUUAAAUUGGCUGUAUAUAAUAUAGAGCUUGGAUUCUUUUUCUAUAUUGAAAAGGUUUCAUAUCAGUAUAGACUAUUUGUAACUGAAAUACAGUUUACUGUUUAAUUUGUAUAUGAAGAGAGAUACAUAAUACAAAUGCUUAUUUUUUAGUAAAAAUGCUGCUGCCUUUUUAUAGUCUUGUCUUGUACCGAACUUGAAAAGCUCCUUAAACAGAUAUUUCUAUGAAGUGUGUCUGUUCCAGAGCCACUGUAAUAAUAAAGACUAAU